GCCGCACGACUGGGGGGGAAGAGUUGAGGGGAGUAAACUAAGAGCAGGAGGAGAACCGUGGGCAUGGAUGCACUAGCGCUAGAGGCCACCACCGGUAAAAAGACGUCCAACGGGGCAGCCGUACCUGCUCCACUGCCGGGUCCAGCCCCGGUCAAACGCAAACCCGCCAAAAAAGCUAAAAAGGCUGUUGUUUUUUUUGAGGUGGAGAUAUUGGAUGCCAAGACCAAGGACAAGCUCUGCUUCCUGGACAAGGUCGAGCCAAAUGCCACCAUCGGGGAGAUCAAGUCUAUGUUCCACAAGAGCCAUCCUCAGUGGUACCCGGCCAGACAGUCCAUCCGCCUCGACCCCAAGGGGAAGUCGCUGAAGGACGAGGAUGUGCUGCAGCAUCUUCCUGUCGGGACCACGGCCACCUUCUACUUCAGAGACCUGGGCGCUCAGAUCAGCUGGGUCACGGUCUUCCUGACGGAGUACACCGGGCCUCUGGUCAUCUACCUGAUGUUCUACUUCAGGGUUCCAUUUAUCUACGCGCCCAAAUACGACUUCACCACCAGUAAACACUGGGUCGUGCAUCUGGCCUGCAUGUGCCACUCCUUCCACUACGUGAAGAGGCUCCUUGAGACGCUGUUUGUCCACCGCUUCUCUCACGGGACGAUGCCGCUGCGCAACAUCUUCAAGAACUGUACCUACUACUGGGGCUUUGCAGCGUGGAUGGCUUAUUACAUCAACCACCCUCUGUACACACCGCCCAUUUACGGGGAGCAACAGAUCAGACUCGCUCUCAUCGUGUUCCUGUUCUGUCAGAUCGGCAACUUUUCCAUCCACAUCGCCCUCAGGAACCUCCGUCCACCAGGCUCGAAGACCCGGAAGAUCCCGUAUCCAACCAAGAACCCCUUCACCUGGAUCUUCCUGCUGGUUUCUUGUCCCAACUACACCUACGAGCUGGGCUCCUGGCUGGGCUUCACCCUGAUGACCCAGUGUCUGCCGGUGGCCUUCUUCACCCUGGUGGGCUUCAUCCAGAUGACCGUGUGGGCCAAGGGAAAGCACCGCAGCUACCUGAAGGAGUUCCGCGACUACCCUCCGCUGCGCUCGCCCAUCCUGCCCUUCGUCCUGUAGAGGACCUCCCCCCUCCCCCCAACACUGGAACUUAAUAGACUGACUGAAAGAGUUUGAGGCCGCC